CCGCCGCCAAACAAUAACGUUCCGCUUCGUUGUCUGGGUGUGUAUCGAGAUUUUUUUUGGACAAACAAAAUUUUUCAGGAUAAAUUUGCAACAUUUGUUUGUCGAAAAUUCCCAAAGCUGAGAACACAAAAUAUACCUGUGGUUAGCUAAAACUAAUUGUUCGAAGACAAGGAAACAUUGUUGCAGUACUCCAUCCGCUAAACAUUCUGAUUGCCGAAAUUUUGCCCAAGGAGGGGUGCAAACAAGUGGACGACAUAUACCCUUGUAUACCACUGGAAUUAGGCAAAGAUGUCUAAGAACAAACUGAACCUGACACUGCCACCCGUCGAUGCCUCGGAUGCGUCACAGGCGUCAUCGCCAUUCAAAACACCAUCUGGAACAGAUUAAAUUAAAGAAAACAUAGUUUGCUGGGCAAGCCGAAGACGAGUAUCGAGGCUCUGACGGAAACUCUGGAGGAAUUGGAAAUGGAUGAUACCGAACGAAAACGCAUCAAGGUCUUCCUCAGCCAAAAGGAAAAGAUCGGCGAGCUAUCGGAUGACGAUUUGGAGAAGCUGGGAGAACUGGGUUCCGGCAAUGGAGGUGUAGUCAUGAAGGUUCGUCACAUACCCACACAACUAAUAAUGGCACGCAAGCUGAUACAUCUGGAAGUGAAGCCGGCCAUCAAGAAACAAAUCAUUCGGGAAUUGAAAGUGUUGCAUGAAUGUAAUUUCCCCCACAUUGUUGGCUUCUAUGGAGCCUUCUACAGUGAUGGUGAAAUCAGUAUUUGUAUGGAGUACAUGGAUGGCGGUUCACUGGAUUUGAUCCUUAAACGGGCUGGACGGAUACCAGAAUCGAUUUUGGGCAAAAUCACAUUGGCCGUCUUGAAAGGCCUCAGCUACUUGAGAGAAAAACAUGCCAUCAUGCAUCGAGAUGUCAAGCCGAGUAAUAUUUUAGUCAAUAGCAGUGGUGAAAUAAAAAUCUGUGAUUUUGGUGUCUCUGGUCAAUUGAUAGACUCCAUGGCUAAUUCAUUUGUUGGUACGAGGAGUUAUAUGUCGCCCGAACGUUUACAAGGUACCCAUUAUUCGGUACAAUCGGACAUCUGGUCUUUGGGUUUGUCAUUGGUUGAAAUGGCGAUAGGCAUGUAUCCCAUACCACCACCCGAUGCCAAAACAAUAGAGGCCAUAUUUUCUGCCAAAAAUGAAGAUGGCACACAGACUGUGGUUGAACCCAAGGUCAUGGCGAUAUUUGAAUUGCUGGACUACAUUGUCAAUGAACCCCCGCCCAAAUUGGAGCACAAAGAUUUCAGCGAUGAGUUCAAGGAAUUUGUAGAUAUUUGUCUUAAGAAAAAUCCCGACGAGAGAGCAGAUCUAAAGACUCUAUUGAAUCAUGCCUGGAUACGCAAAGCCGAGGUCGAAGAAGUCGAUAUUGCCGGCUGGGUGUGCAAGACAAUGGACCUACCGCCAUCGACACCAAAACGCAACACUUCACCAAAUCAAUAAAUAUUUAUAUCCACUCUAACUACCCCCCUACUCAUAGUAAUCAAAACAUUUACUAAUAGACUUCUUGUCUAAACAACCGAACACCAGCCAUUAACAAACAACAACAAAAAAAUAUGAAAAUUAUUUAAAUGAAAUAUUAAAAGAAAAAAGCAUUAAGUAUUAAGAAUAAUAACGCAAAGAAAAAUA